CAAUGAGAAGCCGGGAGGUAGUGUGAUGGUAGAAAACGCUACAAGAGUAGUAGUACAGUCGUAAACGCUUUGACACGAAUGACUUUUUUCAAUCCGAUCUCCGCUCCGGUACGGUCACGGCUGCAAUGGCUGAAUGGUCUCGAACACCGAGAAUCAUAAUCUCAAUCAAUCAACACUAGGUCUGCUCGAACAUCUUUGCCCAACCCAACCCAACCAUGACACCGACGAUAGCCCGCAAGAGUACAAGUGUGAGGAAAAAUGUCCCCGUCAUACCCAACGUGAGCGCGGAACGGUGGAAGGAGAUCACGGGAAAAUAUCCUCAUUUCCCAACCGACAUUCUGGAAUUGACGUCGGAACGAUGUGAAGCUCCUGUUCGGUUGCCGGCACCAAUCGAAGAUUGGCUUGCCAGAAACGCUGGUCUCGUACAUGAUCCACGAGAUGGCAUCAUGAUCAGUUUGGUUUUCAACAUUACUUGUGCCGCGGGUCUUCUCUACGCGCUGCUGUGGUACUACCCCUCCCAUUGGCUGGGUUUGUUUACACAAUGCUUUUACUUUGCUGUCUUCGAAACGCGCUUCAUUUUGAUGAAACAUUACGCUGAACACCAAAGAGGAUUUAGCACUUUGUUUGGGUGGUAUGUCUCAGGCGUUUUGAGCACUCUUGCAGGGCUUCCGCCUGGUCUUUAUGGACUACACCACUUGUUCAUGCAUCACAUUGGCAACAAUGCCGUUGGGGACGACCUCAGUGCCACAGAAUGCUACCAACGCGACAAUAUCCUCCACUGGCUGGUGUAUUGUGGAAAGCACUAUUUCUGCAUGGCAACGCUUCCCAUGUAUGCAUUUUCCAGGCAACGCCCUGGUUUGGCCUUGGCAUCCUUGGGUGGUACAGCUUAUUGGGUUCUCUUUAUCCGCUACACAUGGUCGGUCAACAAGCACUUUGCCAUUUGGGCUCUCAUUGUGCCGUUUUGUGCACUCCAAGCCUUUCUCAUGUUUGGCAAUUUCUGUCAGCACAUUUUCGUUCAUCCCAAAGUUGGAUCGAUGACAGACAAGCAUGGAUACGAAUUCAACUGUGCCAUUGCAUAUCAAAGCAUCAAUCACUUUGAUAACUUGAUUACCUUCAAUGACGGUUAUCAUGUCACUCACCACGUCAAUUCCCGAGUACACUGGACUCGCCAUCCUGAACAUUUCUUGACAAACUUGGAAAAGUAUGUUGAAAAUGACACAUUGGUCAUAAAUGGUUUGGGCGUUCCCGAAAUUGGAUUCUAUGCCUUUACUGGUCGUUUGGAUAUCAUUGCCGAUCAUGUCGUUCACUUUACAAAAGAAAAGAGAAAGAAAGAAGAUGUCAUUGCCGACUUGAAACUGCGUCUCCAGCCCAUCGUUCGCAAGAGCGUCAAGGCCAUCUAACAGAAUAGGUGCGGUAGCUAGUAGUGCCGUAACUUUACCGUAACUUUGCCAUAAAGCAGCCUUUUAAAAUAGUGCAGACUUUUUUUUGCUC